AACAAGUUCUCGCUGCGGAUGUUCGGCUCCCAGAAGGCGGUGGAGCGCGAGCAGGAGCGCGUCAAGUCGGCCGGCGCCUGGAUCAUCCACCCCUACAGCGACUUCAGGUUCUACUGGGAUUUCACCAUGCUCCUCUUCAUGGUGGGCAACCUCAUCAUCAUCCCCGUGGGCAUCACCUUCUUCAAAGACGAGACCACGGCCCCGUGGAUCGUCUUCAACGUGGUCUCCGACACUUUCUUCCUGAUGGAUCUGGUGAUGAACUUCCGGACGGGCAUCGUGAUCGAGGACAAUACGGAAAUCAUCUUGGAUCCAGAGCGGAUCAAGAAGAAAUACCUGAAGACGUGGUUCGUGGUGGAUUUCGUCUCCUCCAUCCCGGUGGAUUAUAUCUUCCUAAUUGUGGAGAAAGGGAUUGAUUCGGAGGUCUACAAGACAGCCCGGGCCUUGCGCAUUGUCCGUUUCACUAAAAUCCUCAGCUUGCUGCGUUUGCUUCGCCUAUCUCGGCUCAUCCGUUAUAUCCACCAGUGGGAAGAGAUCUUCCACAUGACCUACGACCUGGCCAGUGCCGUAAUGCGGAUCAUCAACCUCAUUGGGAUGAUGCUUCUCUUGUGCCACUGGGAUGGCUGCCUCCAGUUCCUCGUCCCCAUGCUGCAGGAUUUCCCGAGAGACUGCUGGGUCUCUAUCAAUGGCAUGGUGAAUGAUUCGUGGAGCGAACUGUACUCCUUCGCCCUCUUCAAAUCCAUGAGCCACAUGCUGUGCAUCGGCUACGGGCGCCAGGCCCCAGAGAGCAUGACCGACAUCUGGCUGACCAUGCUGAGCAUGAUCGUGGGCGCCACCUGCUACGCCAUGUUCAUCGGCCACGCCACGGCCCUGAUCCAAUCCCUGGACUCUUCCCGGCGGCAGUACCAGGAGAAAUACAAGCAAGUGGAACAGUACAUGUCCUUCCACAAGCUGCCCACUGACUUCCGCCAGAGAAUUCACGACUACUACGAGCAUCGGUACCAGGGAAAGAUGUUCGACGAAGACAGCAUUUUGGAGGAGCUGAACGAACCUUUGCGAGAGGAGAUCGUCAACUUCAACUGCCGGAAGCUGGUGGCCUCCAUGCCGCUUUUCGCCAAUGCCGACCCCAACUUUGUGACCGCGAUGCUCACCAAGCUGAAGUUUGAGGUCUUCCAGCCGGGCGACUACAUCAUCCGGGAAGGGACCAUUGGGAAGAAGAUGUACUUCAUCCAGCAUGGGGUGGUCAGCGUCCUGACCAAAGGGAACAAGGAGAUGAAGCUGUCGGACGGCUCCUACUUUGGAGAAAUUUGCCUUCUGACGCGAGGACGGCGCACAGCAAGUGUACGGGCCGAUACCUACUGCCGACUCUACUCUCUGUCGGUCGACAACUUCAACGAAGUCCUGGAAGAGUACCCCAUGAUGAGGCGCGCUUUUGAGACGGUGGCCAUUGACCGCCUCGACCGCAUAGGCAAGAAGAACUCCAUCCUCUUGCACAAAGUCCAGCACGACCUCAACUCGGGUGUCUUCAACAACCAGGAGAACGAGAUCAUCCAGGAGAUCGUCAAGUACGACCGGGAGAUGGUCCAACAGGCAGAGUUCCAGCCGCACGCCGCCUCCCUCUACGCCCCGCCACAGCCCCAGGUGACCUCGGCCAUUGCCACCCUCCAGCAGGCGGUGGCCAUGAGCUUCUGCCCGCAGAUGGCCGGCCCGCUGGUGGGGCCCGUGGCCAGUCUCCAGCAGGACUCGGGCAGCGCCCGGAAGGAUUCUGGGGUCAGCCCUCCUCCAGAUACGGACGCGGCCAAAUCCAAGCUUCCGUCCAAUUUGUGA